AUGCCUGAUGCAUGGGAUGAUGACUGGGACAAGGUCGCUGAUACAUCAGCGAAAUCUACGGCGCCAGUCCAGCCGACCGUCAAAUUAUCUCGCGCCGAACGCAAAGCCCAACACCAGGAAUUGAACAAGCAACUAUGGAAUGCCGCCGAACAACCCGAACGCUCCUACUUUCUCGAAACAAAAGGCGCCACUCCCUUGAACUCAGACUUCAAGCCGCAAGUCAAGCUCCUCAGCCGCAGACCCACCCCUCAAAUCGCAAACCGUAUGGCUGGUCUGAACCUGGAAGAUGAAGAUGAUAGCGAGGAAGAAGAGAGGAAAAGACAAGAAGCUUCGCUUGCCGAACGACAACGGAAAGCUGCCGAAGAGCGCAAAGAAAAGGAACGCAAAUAUGCCGAAGUCCGCGAACGUUUGUUCGGCGCUUCAGAUUCGUCAAGAGAUCCAUCGACUUCUCGUACAUCUUCCGCUAGAGGAGACAGAACCUCACGCAGAGGCAAUCGCGGCAGAGGAAAUAGAAACGGCGGCACUCCGAGAGAUAGCCAGUCCAACUCUCCAGCCGAUCAAUCUCCCGCGAGGUCUAUAUAUCAACCAAACCAGCUCUUCGAUCAUACCUAUGAGCAGAAGCCGAGGAGCAUCGCUAGCCCGCGACCUACUGGUCCGAGAGAUGAACAGCCCAUUCGAAUGCCGAAAGGUCCUGACAACUCUGGUCGUGGUGGUUUCGGCUUUGCUCCUCGAGGCGGCAAGACAGGUCCCUGA